AGCAAAAGGAGCUCAACGGACUCCGGAAAUUCAUGGAGACAGCGGAGCAGCACUGGGACUUGCUCAAUGAGAACAUCUUGGAGCCGCUUGGGUACCCGGAACAGCGCCGGAAUUUGUUCCCACGAGACGAUCUUCUGCAACUCGCGGGUGAUGACUGCAAGGAUCUCAUCUCCGCCUCCCGCAAAAUAUGCCAUAAUUUGAACAUCAAAAGGAGCCGCACUUGUGACGUGCGCAAGCUUAUUGGUAAGAUGGACGUUCUGCCGGAGCUGGUGAUUGAUCUACAAGCAUCUUCAGCCCGAGGCGCAGCUGCAAUGGCCUUGACCAUGUGCCUAGCACAUACUCCGGGUCUUGAUCUUGAUGAAGUGACCACGGGCGUUCCUCCGGAUGCGGACGUCGGCGAGCUGCUUGGAUGCGGUUUCUAA